AUGAGUCCUUCCGUGGAGAGCGAAGCUCUGUCCGGUCACCAUCAGAUAACGGAGCACGGUACGGAAAGGCGGACGAACGGUAGCACCAAGACGGAGCCACAUUUGGAACCUCGUGAGCUAGAAAAGCAGCGACACGAGAUGGCAGUACCGACGAAGUUGUCCAACGGUGUGCCUAGCGAAGGCUUAAUCGAUCGGGGAACUGGGACGAAGGAGCAACGGACACACCACUCGAACAAUCAUUCCGAACACCACUCUAUGAAUGGCGGACAUAAAAUAGCAGAGUCUGGAUCGGCAGAGCAGGGUCUCGGUAUUCUUGUUGAGCAAUCACCAGAUGACGGGGAGACACCUGGUCGGUUUUCCGUCGUGGACGUCUACGACGGACCCCGAACAAAGGCUGCUCUAGCUGAGCUAUCUGAUGACCUGCAAAACAAAUCAUCCGAGGAUAAAGACAAAAUCAUGAAGUUGUCUCCUGAGAAGAUCCAGGAACUCACGUCUUCGCCAGAAUCGAUACCCUAUCGACCUGCAGCACCAGAGACCAACACUGGUAGACGAGUGGUAUCUGACAACCCGCAUGGAAAUGGCACCUUGGCCCGAUCUGAGAUACCGGAGUUCGUGCUCCAGUCUCUUGCCGACAAGCCAAUUUCUGACGGCCUACCAAAACAUCGGCCUUUAAAAGACCUGCUGGAAGAUGUCUCUGCGCCGGCGAGCCCUCUUCCUCGGGGCAUACAGAACCCGUCUGUUCGGACUCGCCCGAAUCCAUCACGAACGGUGUCAACCCCUGGCUCCACACGUCGUCCACCUCCUGCAACACCUAAUAAUGAAAGGUUGGCCCACACAUGGGCAUCACGAUCGAAGCAGGACAAAUCCGCGCCGGAACGCGACUUGAAGAAUCAUCUUCUUGCAUCACCUCAAAUCAUUGAGACUCCUAUGUCUCCGACCUUGUCAUCGUCAAUCCCGUUACCUCCAGUUUCGCUGCCAACAUAUCUUCAACUUGAGCUUGCAUCUGGCCGGCCUUCGCCGUUGUACAUACAUCGCCCCGCAUCGAACGACUUCCCAUAUGAAUCAUCGCGUGUGAAGAUUGAGAGGCUCAUGAACUUCCUCAUGCUUCCACCGCUGUUGGAGCAAGUGCUUUGUUUCGGGAGUCUUGCUUGUCUGGACGCAUGGCUGUAUUCCUUUACCAUUAUGCCUUUGCGCUUCAUCAAGGCUAUCUACAUACUUGUUGGAUCAUGGGUCAUCAAUUUGGGGGCCGAGGCUCGGUUUAUUUGGAAGUUUGUCCUUAAUGGAAUUGGGCGGGUCUGGCGCAGAAGAAAUCUAGCUUCAAAAGAGGAUCAGCCCUCAAGGCGCGGGAGUGAAGCAGACGUCACACCUCGGCCUCCAGGAUCUUCUACGGGACUAGAUGGGACAACUGCAGAAAGAGAACCGCGGCAGCUGCAGGCAGAGCCAAAAAGGAAACAUCGCACCUCUGAGUCCCGCAGACAUUAUCACAGACGAAAGAAGUCUAUGCCAUCGGCUCUACUUCCGGAUGAUAAAGCCGAUAUUUUGACAGGCUUGCUUAUGAUAUCCACCUGUUGUGUCCUAAUGUACUUUGACGCCAGUCGAAUGUACCAUUGGAUUCGUGGACAAGCUGCGAUUAAGCUUUACGUCAUCUAUAACGUGCUGGAGGUCAGUGACAGACUCCUGGCUGCGCUGGGUCAGGAUGUUCUCGAGUGUCUCUUCUCCCGAGAGGCUCUCGAGCGCCGCCCUGAUGGCCGAAGCAAGAUCAUCCGCCCAUUCUGGCUAUUCCUCUUGGCUUUGGUCUACACGGUAUCUCAUGCGACCUCGCUGUUCUACCAGGUUAUGACUCUGAACGUCGCCGUGAACUCCUACUCCAACGCAUUAAUCACUCUGCUUUUGUCUAACCAGUUUGUCGAGAUCAAGUCAACUGUCUUCAGGAAGUUCGAGAAAGAGAACCUUUUCCAGCUUACUUGUGCGGACGUCGUGGAGCGAUUCCAGCUCUGGCUGAUGCUUACUAUCAUUGCCUCGCGAAAUAUCGUGGAGACGGGUGCUUUCAACUUCGUCGGGAACUUUGGUCUUGGUUCUAGUUUCUCUGUUCAGACUUCCACAAGUACGAACAGUACACCAUUAUCCACACCUCCUCGCACUGCAUCCUCCAUUUUGCCUCAAGCGUUCACAAUGUUCCCAUCAUCAAUUCUGUCUUCCCUGAAUAGCGUGAACUCCUUUAUUCCAACCCUGGCACAGGUGCUCGGUCCAUUCCUAGUGGUGCUGGGCUCCGAAAUGCUAGUGGACUGGCUGAAGCACGCCUACAUCGGUAAAUUCAACAACAACCGACCCGCAAUCUACAGUCGAUUCCUAGACGUCCUAGCAAAAGACUACUACACCAAUGCCUUCGGCGAACAAAACCUUACCCGCCGCAUCGGCCUCCCAGUCAUCCCACUCUCAUGCCUCUUCUUCAGAGUCUCAGUCCAAACCUACCAAAUGUUCCUAGCAGCCCUACUCCCCCAACACCCCUCCUCAACCGCAAUAGAAGCAACAUCCCUCUCCUCAAUCCACAACCAAUACGCCCCCUCCCCACUCCCAUCCGCACCCCCAAUAACAUUCGCAACCCUCCUCCCAGCCUCAGCAGCCCACGUCAGCGCAUUCUUCCGAACCCUCCUGGAAAACGCCAUCCCAUCCCCAGCCCAAUCAGUCCACAUUUUCACCGCCGUCCUCCUCCUCACCGGGUUCGUGGUUCUUCUCAUCCUAAAACUCCUCCUGGGAAUGGUACUGCUCGCAUUUGCGCGCUCACGCUACAGGAAGAUCAAAGCAAGAGAAGCAGAAUCAACUUCCAACUCCAAUAAACCAACCCCCCAUCUAUCCCACGCCCACCACCAACCCGGCCCCAGUGAACAGCAGCCCGUGCCGCGCGCCCGCGAGUUCUCGGUCGAGGGGAGCCAGCGCACUGGCGGGUGGGGCAUGGUCGAAGUUGGCGACGAGAAGCGUCGACUGAUCUAUGCUGAUGAUGCGGAUGGGUUACGUCGUUUGAAGGAGAAAGAGGACAAGAAGGAGAAGGAGGAGAAGGAGAAGAUGGAUAAGGAGGGGGAACUUAAUGUUGAUCAUGUACAGCGAUAUGAGAUGAUUGCGAAGAAGAUUUGGUGA